AUGUCGCAAAGGGUUUCGAAAGAGCAGGUGGCUGCUCAUAAUAAGUCGGAUAGCCUGUGGAUUGUCAUUGACGAGGAUGUCUAUGAUGUGACCAAGUUUCAGGAUGAUCAUCCUGGUGGCAAGAAGAUUCUUCAACGUGUUGCCGGCAAAGAUGCCUCCAAGCAGUUCUGGAAGUACCACAAUGAAGGCAUCUUGAAGAAGUACAAGAGCCAGCUUCAAAUUGGAUCUCUCGACACCAAGAAAGUCGAGGCACCCUCCGCUCCUGCUCCUACUCCUGCUGCACCCAGCCCAGCCAAGGCCAAAGCUAUCGCCAAACCCGCCAAAUCAGAGGGACCUUUGGACCCCUACGGAGACCUUAUUCCUUUCGCAGACCCCUCGUGGUACCAAGGCCAACACUCUCCCUACUACAACGAGACACACGCCGCUCUUCGCGCAGAAGUCCGAGAAUGGGUCGAAUCCGAAAUCGAGCCAUACGUGACAGAAUGGGACGAAGGAAAGAAAGUACCAGACAGCAUCUACAAACAGAUGGGAGAACGCGGUUAUCUCGCCGGCCUUCUUGGCGUCCACUUCCCAGCUGAAUACACACAGGCUCGAGUCAAGUCGGUACCUCCAGAGAUGUGGGAUCACUUCCACGAACUCAUUGUUACUGAUGAGCUUUCGCGCACUGGUAGCGGUGGUCUGGUUUGGAACUUGAUUGGCGGUUUCGGUAUCGGGUGCCCGCCACUCGUCAAGUUUGGCAAGAAGCCCUUGCUGGACCGGAUUUUGCCUGGUAUUUUGGCUGGUGACAAGCGCAUUUGUCUCGCUAUUACCGAGCCCGAUGCUGGUAGUGACGUGGCCAACUUGACUUGCGAAGCCAAAUUGAGCGAAGAUGGAAAGCACUACAUUGUUAACGGCGAGAAGAAAUGGAUUACCAAUGGUAUCUGGGCUGACUAUUUCACUGUCGCUGUCCGUACUGGAGGCGAGGGCAUGAACGGUAUCAGCGUUUUGCUUGUUGAGCGAGAAAACGGCGGUGUCAGCACUCGUCGCAUGGACUGCCAGGGGGUCUGGAGCAGUGGUACUACUUAUAUCACUUUCGAAGACACCAAGGUUCCUGUUGGGAACUUGAUCGGAAAGGAAAACCAAGGAUUCAAAGUCAUCAUGACCAACUUCAACCACGAACGUAUUGGUAUCAUCAUCCAAUCUCUCCGAUUCUCUCGCGUCUGUUACGAGGAAUCUGUCAAAUACGCCAACAAGCGUCGCACCUUCGGCAAGAAACUCAUCGACCAUCCCGUCAUCCGCAUGAAACUCGCCGACAUGGCCCGCCAGAUCGAAGCUGCCUACAACUGGCUCGAGAACGUCGUCUACCAAGCCCAAUCCAUGGAAGACACCGAAGCCAUGCUCAAGAUGGGUGGCGCCAUUGCCGGUCUCAAGGCCCAAUCAACCAAGACCUUUGAAUUCUGUGCCCGAGAAGCCAGUCAAAUCUUUGGUGGUCUCAGUUACAGCCGUGGUGGCCAAGGUGGCAAGAUUGAGCGUUUGUACCGUGAUGUGCGUGCUUAUGCUAUUCCCGGUGGUAGUGAGGAGAUUAUGCUUGAUCUUAGUAUACGUCAGAGUAUGAGGGUUCACAAGAUGUUUGGUAUGAAGCUAUAG